CCGACGGGGAAUGGAGAUAAGGUUUUAAAUGGCGGCGAAACUCUCCCGCCUCACUCCCCAACCUCUCCCAUGGCGGAAUCCCUAAUCCCCAACUGCAUCCAACGAUUCCCAUCGAAACCCUCGAGAUGGAGACCGGAUUCUACCACAUGUCGCCGUCCCCCUAUCCCCAUUACCGCUAGAUUUGCUCGUUCGAACCCCAAAAAAGGCCCAAUCGAGCUCCCGAAUCCGCGUUUCCGGAGCCAUUUCGGAGGGAUUCGAGCGGCGGCGACGCCUCCUCCUCCUCCUCCUCCUCCUCCUCCUCCUCCUUCGGUGGAGGAGACUGAGGAGGCGAAGGGGAACGUGGAGUCGAUGAGCAUCGAUUUGCGUCGGUUCUUUGAGCUCAAUUUGGGGAGAUGGAACGGCUCCUUCUACCAAUUCGAUGCCAACGGGAAUUUGUUGCAGAACGUGAGCACAAAGCUUUCCGCAAGCUCGUACGGAGAGGACGAGCUCCUCAGCCUUAUUCAAACGCUAUACAUCAAGCAACCUCCUUCGAGAACAUCAAUCGCAGGCUAUGAUGCUGAACCUGAAUGGACGGAGUACAAAAUCAAGGAGAUUAACAUGUUCACCGCAGACAAAUAUCAGCAGCUCGGAUUCUUCCCAAAAGAGAAGGCAUUUUCUCUGAGGUACCAGACUGCUGGGAUGCUGGACGCUGUCCUUCGAGCGGGCGUGCUUGGAGAAGAUGACACUGGUGAAGAGUCUCCCAGAAACUUGAAGGUUCCUUCUCGUCAGCCAUCUGUUGUAUGUGAGAAUUGCCUCUAUUCUCUCAGGAGAGAUAGGCGAGCAAGAGCCUUCCACAUAAUGGACCCAAAAGGAUUUCUUGAAAUGCUUCUUAUUUUCCUCGAAGAACGAGGAGAUGAGGUGCCACUUAUUUCUUCUUCAUGUGAUUUUGAGGACGUCCCGGAUAGGAUAAGCGCACUUCUUGGACGGUGGGAGGGUCGUUCUGUAACUAAACGAAGUGGGGUAUAUGGAGCAACAAUUUCUAAGGCCGAUACAGUUUCUUUGCUUGAAAUGGAUCGCAAUGGUCAGCUAAUUCAGGACAUUGCUUCGACCACCGUCGGUAGUGGCACGACAACAAACGUGCACUGGACGGGAACAGUGAACACUAACUUAGUUUCCUUUGACGGGGGAUUCCAAUUGACGUUAUUACCCGGAGGGAUGUACAUGGGAUGCCCAGCCGACAUUGGAAAGUGUGUCGCGCAAUCGCAACCCUUCCAUUUGGAGUUCUGCUGGAUGGAGUCAUUGGACGAGCGGCAGAGGCUCGUCCGAACUUACGAUGUUGAGGGCUUGGCUGUCUCGUCGACAUACUUCUAUGAGAGAAAAGUAGAAAAGAAAGAAGUUAAAUGUAAAUGUCUUAUCUUUAUUGAGCAAGGGCAUCACUCUUUGCAGGCAAAGCCAGAUUCCUGUGCAUAUCUUCAACCAGCAUAUCAAUCUUCUCUGCCUCAACAAAUACUAAACCCCUUCCUGCAGCCAACCCCGCGUAUCGCCGGUGCACCUUCGCUGAAUUACGAGCUAUUAUUCCAUGAAAGCGGUGGCGCCUUCGAACCAGUCGGCGAUCCCUACUCAGAUAAGACUUCUCAGAUGUCGAAUCUUGCCGUCGAGAAACCGCCUGGCGAUGGAUACAACUGGAGGAAGUACGGUCAGAAGCAGGUGAAGGGCGGCGAGUUUCCCCACAGCUAUUACAAAUGUACCGCCGCCAAAUGCGAUGUCAAGAAGCAAGUCGAGCGUUCUUUCGAUGGCAACAUAAAGGAGAUAAUCUACAAGGGCGAGCACAACCAUCAACCUUCACAAAAUAGGCGGGGCGAGGAAGGUGGUUACGACGACGACGAUACUGAAUCCAAAUUCGAGAACUCGUCGGUUUCGAACGAUGAAGAUGAGGAUGGAACUGCGAUAAAUGAAGGGGAUAGUAAGAGUAGUCCUAAAAUAAACAGAGAUACCGAAUCCGUGGAAUCGACUUCUCAGAGAAUGCUCGUUUUGCAAACCAUAAGUGAAACUGAUCUUUUGGAUGAUGGUCAUAAGUGGCGUAAAUACGGACAGAAAUACGUCAAAGGAAAUAAUCACCCCAGGAGUUACUACAAGUGCACGAAUGUGGGAUGCAAUGUCCGCAAAAGAGUCGAAAGAUCUAAAAAGGACCCAAAAGCAGCUUUAACUACAUAUGAAGAUAAGCAUAACCAUGAUGUUCCAAAAGCUCGAAGCACCAGCCAUAAUACUGUUUCGGCUGAACCUGCAUCAGAUAACUAGCAACCAAAGCACUAGAUAACAACUCCAAGAAGAAUGAGAUUGCUUAGUUGCUUUUCGAAGAAGCCCUGUGUAAAUACAUACUGUAGAUGAUUGUGGGUGAAUGGCUUGUAUGGAUACAUACAUUGCGGCGACUGCGGAUUAAAUGGCUGGUAAGAUCAUCAUACAAGUGAGUGUGUGAAUAAGUAGCUGGUGAGAUGUUUGGCUCGCUAACUACUGUGACAACUUGGUAAGAUAUUUCUCUUCUCUCUCCCGCAGCGAUUUUAGAAUUGAUGAUCCUAUUUGUAAAUAAAUGUAGGAUUCUUUUUUCUUUCUUUUCUCCUUGUACACUGAUUUUGGACUUUAUGUUCGAGAAAUUGUACAUAAACUGUUGGCCUGUUUGUGUAAAAGUACAGGGGGAAAAAAGAUAAAUGACGGAACAAAAGAAAGAAUUAGUGAAGAAAAAAAAGUUUCUCUAGGUU